AUGGAGCGUAUAGAUGUUAUGCUUUGGUACGGUGGUUGUCUUGAUUUCUCUUUUGAUCAACCUCAGUAUAUUGAUGGUAAUUGUAAGUUAAUCCAAAUGGAUUUUGAUCAUAUCGCAUACUUUGAGCUAGUUGAUUAUGCACUGGAAACCAACGAGUACGAAAGUAGAGAUUUUUAUAUGUAUGGGAUGGAUGCGGAUAAUGGUGAUUUUAAACUGUCUCGUGAUGAUAAAGAUGUGUUGGAACUUGCAAUGAAGGUUGUUGAAGAACCAGUACACGAGGCUUCAUGGGCAUUUGAUAUAGAUAAGGAAACAAAUCUUAAAGAGGUUGUGAAAGAAUCAGUAAAAGAGGUUGUACAAGAAGAAGUCUUUGGUCAACAUAGUGAUAAAGAAGCUGAUUUAGAACAGGACAGUGAAGACAGUGAUUACAAUGAAGAGUCCAGUUGUGAUGAUGAUGAGGAUUGUUAUUCUGAUGAUGAUGAGGUUUUGGAAGAAUUGGUUGGCUUAGAUUCAGACAUAGAAGAUUUAGAAUGGAAACAAUCACAAGAUGCAAUUAAACAAGCUACCAAGGAUGAAGAAGCAGCCACAAAGAAGAUAAUUGAAGAGUGUAUCAAACAUAAUGAAAAAGAAGGUAAUUUUCAUGAAUCUAAUGAUGCAAGUUGUGCACACGUAGAGGGAUACAGUAGUUAUGAAGAAUCAGAUGGUGAUAUUGCCACACCAGGCGAUAGUGAAGAAGACGAUGUUCGAGGUAAAAAGUUUAGGGAAACUGCUCCUAGUGCUAAGAAAAGUGCACAUAAGAAGCUUCAUGGAUCAAUGAGAGAUCAUUACAGUAAGAUUGGUUCAUAUCUGAAUGCAUUAAGGAAAGCAAAUCCAUCAUCAACUUUCAAGGUUUCUAGCUGGAUGCAAGAAGGUGUUGUGCUUAAAAAAGGGUUUCAGCCAAUGGAUCCACCACCAAUCAAAUCUGCUCCUGGUAGGCCCAAGAAGAAUAGGAAGAGGGAUCCUCAUGAAGAUCCAAAAAGGCCUGGGAAACUCACAAAGCAUGGGGUUAUAAUGAAAUGUAGUAACUGUGGGGCUAGAGGUCACAACAAAAGAAAGUGCACUGAGAAGGGGAAAACAACUGAAGGUGGUUCUGCUCCAAAGAGACGGAAAAAGUCAACUAAAAAGGCAACAAAGCAGUCCACUCAAGAGGCAACCCAGCAGUCCACUCAUGAGGCAACCCAGCAGUCCACUCAAGAGCCAACUCAGAAAUCUACUCAAAAGGGAACCAACAAGUCAAGUCAAAAGGGAAAGAGAAAGACCAAUCAAGGCUGA